AUAAUGAAACUGCAGUGUACACACUGAUGCCAAUGGUUAUGGCUGACCAGCACAGGUCUGUCUCAGAGCUGCUAUCAAAUUCAAAAUUUGAUGUCAAUUAUGCGUUUGGACGUGUGAAGAGAAGUUUGCUUCAUAUUGCAGCAAACUGUGGAUCAGUUGAAUGCUUGGUUCUGUUAUUAAAAAAAGGAGCAAAUCCAAACUACCAGGACAUUUCAGGAUGCACUCCUCUCCAUUUAGCAGCAAGGAAUGGCCAGAAGAAAUGUAUGAGCAAGCUGCUGGAAUACAGUGCAGAUGUCAACAUUUGCAAUAAUGAAGGCUUGACUGCAAUUCACUGGUUGGCUGUCAAUGGACGAACAGAAUUGCUUCAUGAUCUUGUUCAGCAUGUCAGUAAUGUGGAUGUUGAAGAUGCAAUGGGACAGACAGCCCUUCAUGUAGCUUGUCAGAAUGGACACAAGACAACAGUGCAAUGUUUGCUGGACAGUGGUGCAGAUAUAAACAGGCCAAACGUGUCUGGGGCAACUCCACUUUAUUUUGCUUGCAGCCAUGGUCAGAGAGACACUGCACAAAUUCUGUUGAUGAGAGGAGCCAAGUAUUUACCAGACAAGAACGGUGUUACUCCACUGGAUCUCUGUGUACAGGGUGGCUAUGGAGAAACUUGUGAAGUCUUAAUACAGUACCAUCCUCGGCUUUUCCAGACAAUAAUUCAAAUGACACAGAAUGAAGAUCUCCGGGAAAACAUGUUGCGGCAAGUCCUGGAGCACUUGUCUCAGCAGAGUGAAAGUCAAUAUCUUAAAAUCCUAACAAGUCUUGCUGAAGUUGCUACAACAAAUGGUCAUAAACUGCUUAGCUUGUCAAGUAAUUAUGAAGCUCAAAUGAAGAGUCUCUUAAGGAUCGUGAGGAUAUUUUGCCAUGUCUUUCGCAUUGGCCCAUCCUCUCCCAGUAAUGGAAAUGACAUGGGCUACAAUGGAAAUAAAACUCCAAGAAGUCAGGUGUUCAAGGUCAGAAAAGUAUAUGAUGUUGUUAGGAAGAUAGACGUUAAAGAGCUGAAUUUCACAAAGCAUGCAUUCAUUAAUCAGACAUCCCAUGAACAGGAACCACUGGAACUGCUCUGGCAUUCUCUGGACGAAUGGCUCGUUCUUAUAGCCACAGAGCUGAUGAAAAACAAAAGGGACUCUGCCAACAUUACUUCUAUUUUACUGAAGCAAAAAGGACCAGAUCACCAGGAUGGUACUCCUGAACCUUCCUUUGCCGCUGCAGGAACCGAGGGAAGAAAAGAGCUGUCCAAUGAUGCUGUGGAGUUAAAAGCAUAUGAUGUUGCUGGGAAGCAGGAAACUUGUGCUGAUUGUCAGGAUGUUAUCUCCAUGACAGCAAACAGGCUAAGUGCUGUCAUUCAAGCCUUCUAUAUGUGCUGCUCCUGUCAGAUGCCUCAGGGGAUGACGUCGCCUCGUUUUAUAGAAUUUGUUUGUAAACAUGAUGAUGUCCUUAAGUGUUUUGUUAACAGAAAUCCCAAAAUAAUUUUUGAUCACUUUCAUUUUCUUCUUGAGUGUCCUGAACUAAUGUCCAGAUUUAUGCACAUCAUAAAAGCUCAGCCAUUUAAAGAUCGCUGUGAAUGGUUCUAUGAACAUCUGCAUGCUGGGCAGCCAGACUCAGACAUGGUGCACAGACCUGUCAAUGAGAAUGACAUCCUUUUGGUUCACAGAGAUUCUAUUUUUAGGAGUAGCUGUGAAGUCGUGUCUAAAGCAAAUUGUGCAAAACUAAAGCAGGGGAUUGCUGUGAGAUUUCAUGGAGAAGAAGGCAUGGGACAGGGUGUGGUACGUGAAUGGUUUGAUAUCUUAUCCAGUGAAAUAGUUAACCCAGAUUAUGCCUUAUUUACCCAGUCAGCUGAUGGAACAACUUUCCAGCCCAACAGCAACUCUUCUGUAAAUCCAGAUCAUUUGAACUACUUCCGUUUCGCGGGCCAGAUCCUCGGGCUAGCCCUGAAUCACAGGCAGCUGGUGAACAUCUAUUUCACAAGGUCAUUCUACAAACAUAUUCUUGGUAUACCUGUAAAUUAUCAGGAUGUAGCUUCUAUUGAUCCAGAGUAUGCAAAGAACUUGCAGUGGAUUUUAGAUAAUGAUAUUAGUGAUCUGGGUUUAGAGCUGACCUUCUCUGUUGAGACUGAUGUGUUUGGAGCCAUGGAAGAAGUGCCAUUGAAGCCAGGGGGUGCAAGUAUACUUGUUACACAGGAAAACAAGGUGAGUGUACAGGUUUCUUCAGAAGUUAAUAGUUGA